CCUUUACGCCAUUUCGAUUCAUAAUCGACAACAAAUUUCACGUAUUUGCGUUCAAUUUUCUUAAUUUCUUGCUCUAUGUCGAUUUCUACGAUCAGGGUUUCUGUUAAUUUUUAAAGAUUCAGGUGUUGUUUUCAAGAUCAUAAAUUGUGGUAUGGGGAGGGUGAAGCUGAAAAUCAAGAGAUUGGAGAAUAUUAGUAAUCGGCAAGUGACAUUUUCUAAACGAAGGAAUGGAAUAUUGAAGAAAGCUAAAGAAUUGUCGGUGUUGUGUGAUAUCGAUAUCAUUCUUCUUUUGUUUUCGCCUACCGGAAAGCCUACAUUGUUCACCGGACAACGCAGCAACAUUGAUGAGGUGAUUGCGAAGUUUGCUCGAUUAACGCCACAAGAAAGAGCAAAAAGGAAAUUAGAGAGCCUUGAAGCUUUGAAGAAAGCGUUUAAGAAGCUAGACCAUGAUGUAAACAUACAAGACUUCGCGGGUGCAAGCAGUCAAUCAGCUGAGGAUUUAACCAACCAUGCAAUGAUGUUGCGGUCACAACUUGACGACAUGCAUAAGCGACUAAGUUAUUGGAGUAAUCCAGACAAGAUCGAUAAUAUUGAACAUCUUAAGCAAAUGGAAGAUUCGUUAAGGGAAUCACUAGACCGCAUUCGUAUACACAAGGACAAUUUUGGACAGCAAAAGCUUAUGCCGAUAGAUUGCACGAGCCAGUUUCAGAACGGGUUGCAUUUACCUCUUAUGAUGGCCAGUACCCAAGAGGAUCAGACUUUAUCAUGGCUUCCAGAUAAUGAAAAUCAAAAUUUAAUGUUACCCGAGAAACAAGGUUACAUACCUCAACGAGAUGGGGAGUGUUCCGGUGUAUCCAUUCCAAACUACUGUUUAUUUGGUACUGGCAAACAGCUAGAGAUGGAAGUCUCGGGAAAAGUUGACCGGUCAACACAGGACGGUGGUUUGACCGAACUAUGUAGCACAUCAAACUUGAGACCACAAUUUAGUGACCAAUUCCUCUUCCAACCUUACACUAAUCUCAAUUUUGCACAACCAAAAGAAUUGAAGCCCGAAACAUCAACAAGUUUGCAAGGUUUUCUAGAUUACUCCAACAUGAACUGCGCCUUUGAGAUGCCGAGGCCCGUCUUUAGCGAUAACAUGUGUCAUAGCUGGAACCCUGAACCCGGCUCGUGCCCUCUUUCCAUGAUCGAUACAAACUCAUAUUCUCAACCCCAGCCACCGGAUCAUCUGAUGACAAACAACCAAAGUUGAGCAAUGUAUACCGACGACGAAAAGAUCACACAGUUUUCUCAAGUUUGUUUAAGAUAUAGUUGAGCAAAGUUUUUCAGUUGUAUAGUAUGAAUCAAGACAUUUAUAAUGACAGGUGGCAAUAAGUUGAAAUAAAUCAUGAAUUAACAUCUCA